CAGGGCACCAACUUGCGCUUCGCCAGCACAGCAGCACGGCAAGGGAUGUGACGGUGACGAAUGUUCUGUUCACAGGGUGAAGAAUCUGAAGUCUGGGCAUGUCUUUGCUCUAGCAUUGCAGGAAGCUCCUCAGCAGUGCAUGGCAUUGAGCAGCGUGCUCGUGCAACAUGAAAGCUGAGCUGCUUUUGAUCAAUCACAAGCUCUGAGCAAUUCUUCAGGAUGCUUGGGGUCGCGGUUCAUUCUGGUCUUUGACAUGACGCUGUGACACGUAGCUCAAGUGCGAUGGCUGAUGUAGAGGCCCCAUUGUUUGAUCCCCGUGAGGCUGAUCAUCAUGAUUGGAAUGAAGUGGACGGAAGAUUGUCAGAGGGAGAGGAAGAUGCGGGAGAGGACGAGAUGGGGUCCAAGGAGGAGGCCGAGCUCAGUAGGAGUCUCUCACAGAAUGUUGCACUGGACCAGCGGAUUGCCCGGGUUCUUGGCAAUCUGGACAAGGUGGUCAAGGAUCCCACUAGAGGAGGGGUGAUGGCCGGUGAUUAUGGCACCUUCAUGCCGGUCCAAGUUCGCGGGAAGGCCGUUCCGCAGCGCUUUGUUCGGGACACUGGGAUUGACAUCCCCAGCUUGGGGCCUCCUCUGGACCCUGUGCCCCCGCGAGAGACCCCGCCGCUGGUGCCAUCUGCCCUUCGACCGAAGACGGCCGCAAAGAAGCUGGCGAUGCCAGCAUCUACGUUGUUGGUGAACGUCGAUCCCAGCUUGGCUCCCACCAAGUCAGACGGAGCCUCUAGAUCCUCCAAGCCGCGCAAGACCAAACCGAGCCAGAAUGGUGCCCCCCUAGGCAGCAAGCAGGUAGCAUCCCCGUACAAGCUGGGGAGUCUUGGGGCCUCUCCCCUUGGAAUUGACUACGUUUUAGCGAGCGCGGCCCCCGUCUCUCCGCUCCUGAAUUCGGGGCCCACGCCGUCAAGCACGGCCUCCACUCCUGAACGAAGCCCCGGAUCAAUCCUGCGGAUCAUGACGGCAUCCACUCUCCCAUAUGGGAGCUAUGUCUCUCCAAUCGGGGACCUUGUUUCGUGGAACCGUAUGGCCCGCUCUAGUCGGCUGGGCUCGGUGCAGGAGCACGAAGGGAUUGCGGCGGGUGCCAUGGACGCAUCUGACGAGGAGCGGGGGCACGACGGCGGAAGGGCUGGGGUCCACGCAAAGGAGGAAGCCAGGAAGGAACUCUGGGGGGCAGAGAGAAAGGAAAGUUUGGCCAAGAAGAGAGUCAAGGAAACAGAGCUGGGCACGAAACCGGACAGAGCGGCAGCACGUGCGGAUAAAGAGCCGGCCGCUGCGGCACCGGCCAGCGAGGAGACGUCUGUGUUGGACGGCUUCUUGCUUCCCCAGUCUGGAGUUGCUGAGCUUGAGAGCUUCCUCCCCAUAGAAAAGGAGCGGCUGCCGCGGGUGGGGAAGCGGCAGCUGAUGCAGCAGCUGAGCGUGGACCAGGAGCGGCUCAAGGCGUUCCUGGGGGAGGGGGCCGCAGCGGGGGACCUGCUCCAACGGAUCCCCCACGCCAACCUGAAGGAGAUUGAGCGGCUGAAGAAGGAGAUUGAGAGGACGGAGGCGAUGCUGAGGCGGAAGCUGGAGGAAGAUUCGGACUCGGACUCGUCGUCAAGUAGCGGGGGCGGAGAGAGUUGGGGCGCAAGGGAUAGGAGUUUGGGCCGGAAUGCGGAGGAGCAGGGGGGGGGGAAUAUGAGCGGGCCUGCUCGAGGGCAGAGUGCGGCAAAGUUCUCGGACCGGAAGGGAGGGCCGGGCACGGUCAAAAUUGAUGGAAGGGUUGAUGGGAAUGCAGAAGGGAGGGGACAGGAGACAAGCAGCAAGGGGAGGGAAGAGAGGAAGCGGCAGGGGGAGGUGCAGUCUCCGACGUCAAAGAAGGAGAAGCGGCUCCGGCUGAUGGAAGAACUGGAAGAAGUGAAGAGAAGGCAGGCGCAGGAGGACAGCAAGGGUCAAGCGAAGCCUGCGGGCGAAGCAGCAGGGAAGGAUGGGCGAACAGAGAAGAGGAAGAAGGACAGGGAUACGAGCAUCAGUAUGGAAGCAGGAAGCAAGGACCACUUAGGAGCUGGGGACAAGGGAUCGAAGCAGGGGCGGACCCCAGGGGCAGUGGACCAUCCAGAGAAGCUGGGAGUGCGAGAAGGGAAGGGCAGUGAAGAAGAGCAAAGUAAGAAGAAGAAGAAGAUGAAGAAAAAGCUUGCCGGGGUGGAAGUGACAACCACGAUCCCCCAUGAGAAGGUGACGGAGCGGGACGAGAGCCAGGAUGAGGAGGGGGAGCGGCAGCGGUCGCUGGCGAGGUCUAUGAAGAAGAAAAAGAUGAAGCAACGUGAGCUGCCGGAUGCAGUGGAUGAAAAGAGACCGAAGAGUGGCGCGGAGGACAAGAGCGGUAAAGGGCGGCUCGCAAAAGAGGCCAGCGGGACCGACGGUGCGCACAGGUCGCGGGCCGUGAUGGCGGCUGCCCGCGAGGCGCUGCCCGAAGCGGACCAGAAGCGGCUGCGUGCGGCGGCGGCCAAUGCUAAGCUGGUGCAGCAGGCACAGAUGAGCGGGGACGUGGUGGAGCUAGGCCCGCGGGUGGACCUUGGGGAAGACGAGUACGUGGGGUGCGACAAGUGCGACAAGUGGCGCUUCCUGCCCUACUGGCUGCACACCAAGCAGUUCACAAACAUCCGUUGGACCUGCGACGAUGUCGACUGGCUCGAUGCGGCCUAUGUGGGCUGCCAUGUUGAAGACAAAGUCUUCGAGUUUCAGACUAAGCUGAUCAACUACCCGCCGCUGGGAGGCUGGGAGAAAGUUGCUGAGGACAUCAAGAAGAGAGGCCUCAUCCCCAAGCUGCCGCCCGUAGUCGCGUCUCCCACAAAACCAAAACGCAGUGCGUUCACUCAACAAGGAGACGCGUCUGCUACGCUGAUGCGCACCCAGAGUGCUGAUAGGAAGAAGGAUGUCCGCGGGGGGCCACUGGAUGGGGUCGCUGGGAGCCCCCUGGGGCAAAGGAAACGGCUGCUGAAGGAGGGGGAGGCGCGCAGGCAGAAAGGGCAAGCAAAGGGUCGGGGCAGCGGGGAAUCGGAGAGCGGGGGUGAGGAGGGGGGGGCCGGCACCAAGGGGGCCAAGAAGAAGCUCAAGAAGAGGCGGGCCGUGCUCAGCGACGAGGAAGAGAGCGGAGAGGAGAAAGGAGGGAACGCAGGCAAGGAGCAAAACGUUAGAGCGACUGUAGAUGCUCCGCCAGGCAAGGGCAGGGAUGAGGAGAAGGCGGGCAGCGUGGUCGCAGCUGCAGUCGAAGAGGAAGACUGGGUCGUGGAGGACGAACCGGGACGGGAAGAGGAGGCGCUAGCGGGUGGGCCGGAAGAAGACAUGGGUGCGCAACAUGGUGCGAAGGCGCAGCCGAACGAGGCGGAGGAACGUGAGCGAGGGGGGCGGGAGGUGGUGCGACCGGGGGCCGGCGAGGAGAGGAGACGAGAAACAGAGGCGAAACGGAAGCUGGAUGAGGAGGACAGGGAGCAGCCGAGGGAGAAGAAGGCGAAGACAGAGGCAGGAACAAGGAACAAGGAGGUUACAGAAGGGGCGAAGGAAUAUAGGGAAAGGGACAGGGAAGGGGUUGAGAAGCAGCAGAAGCCGGAGGCGCAAAAGGAGCAGAGAGAGGGGUCAGAGGAGAGGGCUUUCAAGAAAAAGUUGAAGAAAGGCAAGAGGUUGGCAGAAACCAUGGACGGCAAAACAUUAAACGCUCCUACCCCGCCAGAGGUAAGCACGACAGCGGCAGGGGACAAGGUUAAGGUCAACGAUAGAGGAGAUGGAGACAGAAAGGGCGAGGCUGAGGGGCGGGAGACGAAGAGACGAAAAACAGAGGGGAAAGACGAAAAGCAGGGUGAAAGGGAAAAGGAGGGGGGUUACAGAAUCGAUCUUUCUGGGGGGCUCGGUGCCCCGGCGGAAGCUAAGGGGGAGGCUGAAUCAAAAGCUAAGGGGGAGGCUGAAUCAAAAGCUAAAGGGGAGGCUGAAAUCCAAGGAGGGACUGAUGUCACGGGGGAGACGGUACCGGAGGUCGUGCAGACUAAAGAGCGGGGCAGUGAAAGAGGGACAGAGCCGGUGUUGAAAGUGAAGGGCGCGGACGUAGAUAAGCUGGAAGGGUUGAGUACUGAGGGGGCGGGAAGAAGAGAGGCCGGCACGACUGGGGUAGAAAAGAGCAGUGAGAAGCGGCAUCAACCAGAGGGAAUGGGGGGAGGAAGGGCGGAAGAGACCACGGGAACGGAGAAGAGAGCUGAUACGCAAGCGGGCGUGGGGCUAGUAGCAGAAAGAAAAGAGGUGACAGCACCGGCGGGAGGGGAGCACCCCUUCUUGGAAGAGGACGCGGACGCGGACAAGGAGCGGAAGUCUGAAGCGGCAGGAGCUGCGGCGAGUCUGUCGCGACUCAACAGCUUGGUGCCGAGACAGGUGCAAGUGGCCAGCCGGAAGGUCGUCCCUAAGGACGAAGAGAGGGGCGACAAAGGGGCAGAAAAGGCCGAACCGAGUAGAAGUGAGAGAACGGCAACGGAGGUGGAGAAAGAUGGACCUACGAGCGUCGAUGUCAAAGCGGCACCCGGCGAGUUGAAGAAGGAAGAAACCGCACCGGAUGCAAAGAGCGCUGCGUCUGGUAGUCGACGAGUUGCUGCGGAAGCGAGGGCGGCGCCGGUUCCCCCGGUCGAGAAAGCCGCUGUUGAGGCGGACGUGCGAGCACCUGCGAAGGCGAAGCGGGCUGAGCUGUCGGACAGCACGUCCUCCUCGGACGUGUCGUCAUCCGACGUGUCGUCGGACGGGUCGGAGCUGGCGGAAGAGGACGUGGUGCAGCCCGCCAAGGGGGGGCGGAGCGCCAGGGCGAGGGGCAGAGAUGAGCCGGGGGCGGACCCCCCCAAUCCAGCGCGCAGCACGGUCUUGCAGGUGUCGCCCCCCACUCGGCGAGGGCCCAGCCCUCUGCGGCUGGGCCGAAGGGCGCCCUCGGAGGACCGCGACAGCCCUCCCCCGAGCAGAACGGAGUGGCGGGAGCGCGACAGACGGGACGACAGGGACCGGGACAGGGGGUACCGGAGUGAGAGGCGGCGCAGCCCGGGGCGGCGAUGGGGGGAGCGAGAGAGGGAACGGAGCAGAUACUAUGACGACAGGGGUCGCGGCAGGGACUACGAUCGCGACUACGAGCGGGAUCAGGACAGAAGAGGGGGGUACCGCAGGGGGGAGUCGCCCCCGUGGCGGGACCGGAGGGGCGGCAGCGAGCGGUUGGAGCAUGACAGGCGGCGGGACGGGCGAGACGACGACCGGCUCUCUGCGGGGGACCGGUCGCGGUCGCGCUCUCUCGGCAAGGAGGGGGCCUUGACCAGGCGGGACGGGCGGGGGAGCAGCCGCCAGCUGUCGCCGCUGCCCGAGGCAGGCUCCGGCAAAGACGCGGCCGUGCAGAAGAAGGAGGUGCCGCCCGCGGCGGAGAAGCCGCCCAGCGUUGAGAGCCGGGCCAAGGGGCCGCUCGCCAGGGUGCUGCCUGAGGUGGGGGGGCCGGGAAGUGCGCGGAGUACCCCCCCGGUGGAGAUGACCGCGUCGACGCCGCCCCACGUGGGGGGGUCCAGUUCCACGCCGGCCCCGGUGGUGAAGGCGGCCAGCGAGUCGAGCCGCAUGGCCGGUGCCAUGGCGCCGCCCCCGCCUCCGGCCGCGGCAGGCGGGGCGCUGGACGAGGCGCACCGCGUGUUUGGGAAGCGGAUGAAGGAGGCCAAGGACACCAAGCACGCCGCGGAUAAGCUCAAGGAGCAGGGGCAGGCCAUUGCUGCCAUGGUGUACCUGGAUGCGGCACUCAAGUUUCUGCUGGCGGCCUCCUCCAUCGAGGUGUUCGAUGCCAAGCAGGCCUCGUCCAUCUACCGAGAGACCGCGGCCUACCUCGAGGGCCUGUGCGUGGGUUCCUUCAGCUCCAACCAGGACCUGGCCGGCGAGGCGCUGGCGUGGCAGUGCAGCGCCGUGGCGCGCACGCGCGCUCUGCAGGCCGUCAAGGACCGCGCGCUCAAAGACCGGGCCGCGCUGCACGAAGGCCUCAUCCUGACGGCCCCCACCGGGGCACCUGGAGCCGGGCCCCGGCCCCCGUCAGCAGGGGCACCGGCCACUGCUCUGAACCCGGGGAAUGCACACCCAGGAGUGGUGGGCACGCCGCCGGGCACGAUUGCCGGGUCGCCGUCCUCAUCGUCCGCAUCGGAUGCGGACGCGGCCUCCCAGGCCGCUCUGUCGCUGGGGCCGCACCAGCGCGAGCCGCUGGGCCACAUGCUGCACAUCGUGCACGAGCACUUCAAGAUCACGGCCUGCUGGGCCCAGGCAGCCAACCUCGCGGGCCAGGCAGCCAAAACGCUGGGGUCCGACGCGCUUAGCGCGCUGAACGCGGUGGGGGAAAAUGGGGGGGUGGGAAGCUUGGAUAGCAUUGUCCAAGCAGUGCGCAUUGCCCUAGAUAAGUUUGGCGCUUAGAAUAGUAGCGUGGUGUAGGUCAGAAGUGUUUGUGAGCACUAGCGGCUCCGUCAAUUCAUCCAUCCCAGAUUUGGCUAGGGCGUCAGUGAGUCAUUUGUUUUGUGGAUUCAUUGAGUUGCAGUCUACUAAGCAUACGCCGCAUUACUUGUUAGACGGACUCAAAUCAAGCUUUGGCCUGCGGGCUACGCACAAUCCAGUGUAUUGGAGCAGCCGGGCGUGUUCCUCCGGCAAUAGGUCAAAGUGGCAGUCGAGAUUGGCUGGUGAGCCUGCUUGUCUGCCAAGCUACAUCAUCCGACCCUCCAAUUAGAGUCAAAUACUAAGCGAGUACUGGACAGGCUUCGAUUAGACUGAGUUUUGUAACUUGUGGACGUUCGGCGGCUGGCAAACGUUGAGGAAAACUGAAUUGUAGGCCCCAAACUGCCAGUGCUAUUGGAUGCUUCUUAGAGGGCCUAUGCUAGUUCCUAAUGCGUUCGGUGCAGG